AUGGCUUCGAGGUUUGCGCUUUUCACAGAGGAGAAGUUCAAACGGUUUCACAGCAUCGACCGAAAUCUGUACACAAUUCUGGUGCUGAAGCUCUUCCGGGACCCACUGGAGUCCAUGCAGGUACUGGCCCUGUGGCUCUGGCUGGAGAGAGUUGGGUUCAAGAACGUGGUGAAAAAGAUGCUCUCUUUGCCCUACAUUUUGAUCAACGAGCUCGCUGACGAGUCCGUCACUUGUCUCGAACUCAUCAGCGGGACCCAUUUCUCUCUUCGGUCUGAGCAGACUGACAUCCCACUCAUACAGAGUUUUAUAGAGAAGGAAAUCUCAGUCCAGUUUUUUCACCAGAACCGGGACGCAGCGGCUCGAGACGUCACUAAGGCGGUCAACGAGGUCUGCCUCCCGGCUUUCGACGACAUCAUGCAGAAGGCAAUGCAGCGCGAUUGUGCUCAGAACUCUGCGGAUCACAGUCACGUAGUGUUACCUUCACAACCAUCGUCUUCGUCUUUAUUCCCAUUUUCUCUUUCAAUUAAUCAGCAACCUCUGCAGAGGAACGAGGCGACGCCACCACACGACAGGACGAUGUUUGUGACGUUCUCAAAAGGGUACCCGGUGCAGGAGUCCGAGGUGAGGCAAUUUUUCAAAAUAACUUUCGGGGCUCGAAUCGAGUCUGUGCAGAUGCAGGAGGUGCAGCCAUACGAGCAAUCACUGUUUGCGAGAAUUGUCUUCCACUCUCCGGCGACGAUCGAGGCCAUACUCAACGGGAUGAGCAAAGCCAAGUUCACAAUCAAUGGAAAACACGUUUGGGUGAGGAAAUAUGUGCCGAGAAGGACACGAUCUUUGCUUCCACCAAUGCUUUGGCAACCAGCAAUUGCUCCUUUUUGGGGAUGA